AUGAUACUCGACAAAGAGGAUGAAGACCUCGACCUUGCCGGUUGGUUCAAUAAUCUGACUAUUGCUGCUGUAUUGGAAGAGACCAUAGAGGUUGAUGGCGCAUUUGUAGAGGAGCCUAAUAUAGCACGCGAACUCCCGAAGCUAUCCGUCGAUGCCACGUUCGACGAUCCGUUGGAGGGAAUGGUUUCAGAGGGUAAAUGGGAAGAGGGAGACAUAGCGGAUUUCGGAGUAUACGACUUGGACGAGUUUACUCCUGACUACGAGGAGAUACGUCAAGACUUCGAGCAACACGAGAUGUUUAAACCUCUAACCGGCGAGGAGACUAUAUCAAUCAACUUGGGCGAUGAUGAAAAUCCUAAAGAGAUUAAGAUAGGGGCGAACCUUUCCCCGGAAAUGUCUGAGUGCCCGAUCAAGCUUUUGAAAGAUUACCAGGACAUUUUCGCCUGGCAAAGAACAGGAUCAGUCACAGGGACUCAAAGCAAGAAAGGAAUCAUGUACGAGGAUUUCUCCAACAACAAGUUUAGAACUUUAAAACUAGCAGACACCAUCAUCAACGCCGGUGUCGAAGAGUUCAUUUCUGCGUUCGAGAGCCUUGCCAAUCUAACCGAUUCGCUUUUCAUUUUCAAUAUCCUGGAACAGUGGGACGCUUCAGUGCUCCACUUGGCAGCAAUCGUCGGCAAGGACGACAUCCUGAGGCUCGUGCUUGAUUUUGUCCCUGACCAUCUCAUAGCCGUCCAAAAUAGCCUCGGAAACACCCCCCUCCACGUGGCGGCUAUGGGUAAGAGAUCUAGAGCUGUUGCGCUGUUGAUUCGCCGGAUGAGAGACCUCCCUAAAGUCGAGGACAAGAACCGGAUCCUGAGGAUGAAGAACACAAGAGGAAACACCGCUUUGCACGAGGCCGUGCUUAAUGGAAAUGUCAACGGGACGCGCCAUCUGUUGAACGAAGAUUUGGAGACCGUGUACUGGAUGAAUAAGACUCACACAUCUCCCCUAUACUUGGCCAUCCAAUCCGAGGAACCCGAGAUACAUAAGCUUUUAUUUUCCCUCCGACUCGAACCAUCCAGGAUACAAGGCUUGCCACCCAUUCAUGGUGCCAUCUUGGAUAACCGCUUUGAUUUAGCUGCCAUGAUUCUCAAGGAAAACAUGGAGCUAUUUGCAAUGACCGACUCCAGAGGCGGUAAUGUAUUCCAUUUAGCAGCUUACCUAUAUCGGACCAAAGCAUUCCAAUUCUUAGAACCAAGGACUGAACAUUUGGCCCGACAAUGGGACAUGAAUGGGGAUCCUCCCAUUCAUAUUGCAAGCAAGAUGGGUUAUGUUGAACUAAUCGAGAAGCUACUUCCGGUAUCACCACAUUCAAACCUGCAAGGGCAAAACCUUCUUCAUAUUGCAGCAAAAUACGGGAGAGCUUCAGCAGUGAGGUAUAUGCUCAGACAUCCAAUACUGAGGAAGGAGAUACAUCUUGCAGAUCAUGCUGGAAAUACACCUUUACACUUGGCAGCGAUGUAUUCACAACCCGCCGCUUUGAUUCCUCUUGUGUUGGAUGAAGGAAUUGGUUCCAAAUAUAUGAACCACGAAUGCUUGACUGCUUUUGACAUUGCUUUAGAUCGCUUCAGAAGGGAGCCUACGUUACGGAAGCGAUUGACAUUAAUGGUGUUGUCUUCCUCGACAAUUGGGAAAAGUCAAGACUUAAACGGAACCUUUCUCCUAGUGAGGCCGGAAGCUCGAGAUGAAGCGUUUUCAAUAUUUGCCUCGCGCAAAAAGAAGCUAAACAGGGACCACGUGAAGGAUAUGAUUAACACCCGUCUGCUGGUGGCGACGCUUGUGGCCACUGUGACUUUCGCAGCUGGUUUUGCAGUCCCCGGAGGAUUUAGCGGCUCGGGCAUGGCUACUAUGUUGGACAAGAGAUUGUUCCAGGCCUUCGCAAUUUGCAACACCGUCGCCAUGUUCUGCUCAAUGCUCGUGGUCAUCAACCUCAUCUAUGCCCAGCAAAACGAUGUCGAAGUUGCGAUAGCUGCAAACCGAAACUCAGUGCUGCCGCUAUCAGUUGCGCUCCCGGCAAUGUCCAUUGCUUUCUUAACUGGUGUCACCUUGAUCGUUGGAAAACUCCCUUGGCUUGCUAACACCAUAUUUUAUUUGGGAAUCGUUUUCCUCCUACUGGUCUCAGGUGCAACAUUGUUAGAGUACCCUCCCUUACUUCAGACUCGUUAUCGUCCUAUCCGUCGAGCAAUCUUCUGGCUUGUUCGCACUUACAUUCAUUUAUGGGGAGUUCAGACUUACCUUUUGGAUGACUCCGAAGACGACAGAACGACUGGCGGGAUCUCGACUAGUGGGUCUCGAGAUGGUGAUGGUGAUCUAGGGACUGGCGACUCGGCGACAGCAAAAUGUGGAGACGCGCCACAUCCUCCAAGUCACUAA